AUGUGCAACCAGGACUGCCGUGGCUGCUCUAACUGCCUUUCGAUGGCUUCUGGUAGCGGUGGAGGUUACACCUACUACCAUCACAGCGAGACUGUGAUCGUGAGCAAUGGCAUUCCACAGCGGAUGGAGCCUAUGACUCGCACCAUCCGAGGAUCCGGUAAUCUUAAUGAUAUUCAAGACAAACUCAGCGAGCUUUCCAUGAACAGCUCCUCCAAGCACAAGUCCCAGUCCCGUCGCAAAAGCGGUGUGGCCAGCUGGCUUGAUAAUAUUGGCGAGGAUCAGGUCGUCAACUCCAGAACUCCUGACCAGCAUCUCCUCGAAGCUCCCAUGGGCCGCUCUGGUAGUCGAUCUCACGUCUCCUCCUCUACUCAUCGCUCAAGUCGCUCGCGUCGUUCGAGCCGCGAUGAUGAUGAUGAUAUGCGCACUGUAGUCACUUUAAGUAGUGUGACUCCCUCCGAGAGCGCCAGCGGUAUUUCCUCGCGCCGCAGCGACCACUCUCACGCAUCUCGCCGCAGCUCUCACCCUGAGUCCAGCCGUGUUGGCUCCCGAGUUAGCACCCGUACCCGCGACGACGAUGAAAGCACGAUUCGCGCCUCUCGCCCAAAGGACAGCAUGGUUUCCUCGCGGCGCGGCAGCGGCAGUGAAGCUUACAGUCGAGUCUCCUCUCGCCACCCCGACGAUAGUAGCCUGCUUUCCUCCCGUCACGGCGGUGCCAGCACUGUCAGGGGAUUUCGCAUGGAUAGCACCCUCAGCUCGCGCCACGGCGGUGGCAGCGAGAUUACUAGCCGAGUUGGCUCCUCCCGCCACGGUGUCAGCGAAGUCGGCAGCCGGGCGAGUACUCGCCAUCGCAGAGAUGGCGCUAUCAUGCUGUCUUCUCACAUUGAAGAUAUCCCCGCGACUGUGCUCAGUUCUCGCCAUCCUAGCGAGACUUCUAGUCGCCGGUUCUCCAAGGAUGAGCGCAGCUAUGUUCAUCCUCGGUAG